AUGGCCACAAACUAUUUCAACAAGCGAUGGGAAAAUGGGGGCUUUUUCACAAGCGUAAGAGCCCAGAAAAGAACGUUUGAAAGUAGAUACAGAGCAAAAAAGAUUAAGGAGACCACAGGUGUGUACUACCGAGAGCCCCGAUUUACGAUUCGUUGUGCAUUCCCAGCACUUUUAACCUUGAUCUUGACCCUCACUCUUGGCUCUUCUACGGUCCAUGCUACCUCUAACAUGUGCCAAGAAUGCGUAAAUGACAUGAUACAAGCGGCUUCAGCCUGUAGUGGAUUCGAUGCUUUGAGACAAGCAUCUUUUAAUGAACUUUCCACUAAAGACACCAAGUUUGAAAGUGGCGAAGCAGGAGUAGAGAGAAGUCCCAAUGGCUCUGGCUUUUCAGCUUUGCCUACACCAUCAUUGGCUCCCACCAUGUAUACGACCACCGUAAUUGUGCUCGCUGCUGCCGCAUUAAUGCUUGUUUAG